AUGGCGGCCGCCGAGCCCAAGCCCCCAACGGGGGCGGCCGCGGCCCGACGCCUGGCCCGGAGCUGCUGGUCUGCGUUCUGGGACUACGAGACGCCCAAGGUGAUCGUGGUGAAGAACCGCCGUUUGGGCAUCGUGUACCGCGCGGUGCAGCUGCUCAUCCUGCUCUACUUCGUGUGGUACGUGUUCAUCGUGCAGAAGAGCUACCAGGACAGCGAAACGGGCCCCGAGAGCUCCGUUAUCACCAAGGUCAAGGGCAUCACCUUGUCCGAACACAAAGUGUGGGACGUGGAGGAGUACGUGAAACCACCGGAGGGAGGCAGCGUGUUCAGCAUCAUCACCAGGAUUGAGGUCACCCCCUUCCAGACCCUCGGAACAUGCGCCGAGAGUAUGAGGGUCAGCAACGCCACCUGCGACUCGGACGAGGACUGUGUGGCUGGGCAGCUGGACAUGCUGGGAAACGGCCUGCGGACUGGGCGCUGCGUACCUUAUUACCACGGGUCCUCCAACACCUGCGAGGUGUCCGCCUGGUGCCCGGUGGAAGACGGGGCCUCAGUCAGCCAAUUUCUCGGUACGAUGGCCCCCAAUUUCACCAUCCUCAUCAAGAACAGCAUCCACUACCCCAAAUUCCACUUCUCCAAGGGCAACAUUGAGAACCGGAAGGGUGGCUACCUGAAGCACUGCACAUUCCAUGAGGUCUCUGACCUCUACUGCCCCAUUUUCAAGCUGGGGUACAUCGUGGAGCAGGCAGGGGAGAACUUCACAGAGCUGGCACACACGGGUGGUGUCAUCGGGGUCAUUAUCAACUGGGACUGUGACCUGGACCUUUCAGCGUCAGAGUGCAACCCCAAAUACUCCUUCCGGAGGCUGGACCCCAAGCACAUCCCAGCCUCAUCCGGCUACAACUUCAGGUUUGCCAAGUAUUACAAAAUAAAUGGCAGCAUUACCCGCACACUCAUCAAAGCCUACGGGAUCCGCAUUGAUGUCAUCGUGCACGGACAGGCGGGGAAGUUCAGCCUGAUUCCCACCAUCAUUAACCUGGCCACAGCGCUGACCUCCAUUGGGGUGGGCUCCUUCCUGUGCGACUGGAUCUUGCUAACAUUCAUGAACAAAAACAAGGUCUACAGCCAUAAGAAAUUUGACAAGAUGGUGGAUGCUCCCGAGCGGGGUGCGGGACCAGGGCUUUGUGCCUCCGAGCCUUCCCAACAGGACUGCGUGCUCACAGACGCCCGAGGUUUGGCCCAGCUCUGA